AGAAGUUCAAAAGAAAAUAUAAAAAGCGGGAAAACGAAUGAAGAAGCAAGUUCUAUUAUCAAGUGUUUCUCAGUUUCUUUUCCUUUGUUUUCUUUUUCUUUUCAUUUGUCUGUGUAUUAAAGCUCAGACUUGCGAUCCUAGUGGCGAUAUACAAGGGACAACGCCUCCACCAGGGCAAUGUAACCAAGAGAACAACGCUGAGUGUUGUGUACAAGGCGAGUUUUACACAACAUACGCAUGUUCACCACCGGUGUCCGCCAAUACGCCGGCUACCCUAACUAUUAACAGGUUCCAGGGGGCCGGGCAAGGCGGCGGCCCGUCAAAAUGUGAUAACCGGUUUCACACAGAUAAUGAACCUGUGGUGGCACUCUCAACGGGUUGGUUCAGCCAGAGUAGUCGUUGCAAUAAAGUUAUUAAUAUCAAUGGCUAUGGGAACAGUGUGAGGGCGUUGGUAGUCGAUGAAUGUGACUCUCAGGUUGGUUGUGAUGCUGAGCAUGCUUACCAGCCUCCAUGCCGCAAUAAUAUUGUUGGUGCCUCAAAAGCAGUUUGGACAGCUCUGGGAGUGCCUGAAAGUGUGCAGGGUGAACUAGAUAUUACCUGGUCUGAUGCUAAUUGAUCAUUUUCACCACAUUCGAAAUGUCAAUCUGUAUUAGAAUAAGGGUUUUAUCAUGUGUAUCAAAUUUUAUAUAUGGUGUAACCAUACUAUAUAAGUACCCCCUCCUUUCUUUCUAAGUUGUGUGCAAUUUUAGGG